AUGAACUCUGCACUGAGGAUAUUUACUUUUUUUUCAGUGUGGAGUGGAGGGGUGGACCUACAAGGACCUUUAUUCAUACACGAGCCUCCUCAUCGGGUAGAAUUCAGUAAUAGUUCGGGAGGAAAAGUAGAUUGUACCGCACAAGGUAGUCCCCCUCCGGAGGUUGAGUGGAUUCUUGCGGAUGGAUCUCCAGUACAUCAGGUGUCGGAACUGAGGCUGCUAUUUCCCAACGGCUCGCUCGUGUUCCCGCCAUUUACCAACGACCGUUAUCGACACGAUGUACACGCCGCCCUCUACCGGUGUCGGCUGAAAAGUGCUCUGGGGAUCGUCGUCAGCAGGGAGGUGCACGUUAAAGCGGUUGUUAAACAGAAGUAUGAUAUACAAGUCCACGACGAGUAUGUAAUAGCUGGCAACACUGCCGUCCUCAAAUGUAAAAUACCAAACUACGUAGCCGAAUACGUUAUGGUUACGUCUUGGAUUCAAGAUGAUUCUAUUAAUAUCUAUCCCAAUACAGACAUUGGGGGGAAAUACGUCGUACUAGCAAACGGGGAUCUCUACAUCAGCAAUGCCGGUCCUGGAGACGGUUACAAGAAUUACGCUUGUCGUACUGUACAUAAAUUGACAGGCGAAGUACAAACAUCGUCGUAUCCAGGUCGAGUAAUCGUCACCGAGCCUAAAGGUGAUUCCCAACCUCGCAUCAGCGUCGACAAAUACAACGCGCGACGCGUCGUUCUUGGCGAAGACGUGACGCUGCCUUGCGUCGCUCAGGGACAUCCCGUCCCGGGAUAUUACUGGAAGAGGGAGUUGCAGGGACAGAGCGUGCCUGUUGCGCUCGGAGAGAGAUUAACGAUACUUUCGGCUGGUUUGCUCAGGAUAUCUAAGGUCAGACUCGAAGAUAGGGGUGUUUACAUUUGCUUCGCGAACAAUUCAGCGGGGGAAGAGAGCGUCCGAGUAACUUUGGAAGUAACUGCUCAAUUAUCAGCCCACGUCCAACCUCAAGUACAAGUUGUUGAUGUUGGGAAGGAUGCCAACUUUCAAUGCAUUGUUAAUGGAUAUCCCAUUUCGCAGAUUAGUUGGCUGCAUAACGGAAAACCAAUCGCCCAAGACAACCGCAUGGAAGUAACAGCCGAACCACCUCGCCUGACCUUAAAGGCUCUCACCAAAGAGGACAGAGGCAUGUUCCAAUGCAUCGUGAGCAAUAACUGGGACCAAUCUCAAGCCAUCGCCGAACUCGACAUGGGCGACGCCGGUCCUGAACUGAUGUACUGGUUUUCGGAGCAAACACUUCAACCGGGCCCGACGGUUUCUUUGAAGUGUGUGGCAACGGGAAAUCCACCGCCACAGUUUACUUGGACUCUGGACGGAUUUCCCAUUCCCGAUCAUCCUAGGUUUUUAGUAGGCCAAUACGUAACCAUUCAAGACGACGUCAUCAGCCACGUCAACAUCACCAACAUUAAAGCCGAGGACGGAGGAGAAUAUACAUGUACAGCUCACAAUACAGUUGGGAAAAUCUCUCAUAGCGCUCGAGUAAACGUGUAUGGCCUGCCUUAUAUCAGAGACAUGCAUAAAAUCACCGGAGUCGCCGGCAUGAGUUUAAUUAUAAAGUGCCCCGUGGCAGGCUACCCCAUCGAAACAAUAACGUGGGAACGUGAGGGUCAAAUUCUUCCUAUCAAUCGCCGUCAAAGGGUUUAUGCCAACGGCACUCUUGUGAUUGAGCAGACCCAGAGGAGAGAGGACGCCGGCACGUACACUUGUCAAGCUCAAAACAGGCAAAGGAACACGGCGAGGAGGGACGUCGAGAUUCAGGUCAUAGUUCCGCCGAAAAUCCUGCCGAUAAACCCCAUGACAGAUCUAUUAAGGGAAGGUAUGCGAGCGGCGAUCACCUGCCAAAUCAUGGAAGGCGACCUGCCCAUAACGUUCCGCUGGGAGCGCAACGCGAAGGUCGUCUCCAACAACGCGGCGCUGGGCACCGUCAUCAGACGAAUCGACGAGUUCGCUUCUUCGUUAAUUAUCGACGCUGUGACUUCCGCCCACAGCGGAAAUUACACGUGCAUCGCGAGCAACGUCGCCGGUGCGGAGAAGUAUGUCGUUCCGCUUACUGUUAAUGUACCCCCUCGUUGGACAGUAGAACCUGCGGAUUCAAGUGUAGCAGCUGGACAAGAAGCGGUUAUUCACUGCCAAGCUGAUGGAUAUCCUAAACCAAUUAUAACUUGGAAAAAAGCUGUAGGAGAACAACCCGGAGAAUAUAAAGAUUUCCUCUUUGAACCCAAUGUUCAACAAUACCAAAACGGUAGUUUAAUAUUCAUGCACAUAUCAAAGGAGAAUGAAGGACAUUACUUAUGUGAAGGAAAGAACAACAUUGGCACUGGAGUCAGUAAAGUCAUACACUUGCGAGUGAACGCUCCAGCAUAUUUUACUCAAAAAUCCAAGCAACUUCAGGUUGUUAAGGGAGAACAAGCCCAUCUGCAAUGUUCUGCUCUUGGAGAUACUCCAAUGGAAAUAAACUGGAAAGUCGGAGGUCAACAUAUAUCCAAAGAUGGAGAUCAAAGGUACACAAUAAGAGAACAAGUCUUAGCAGAAGGAAUGGUUUCAGAACUAGGUAUCGAAAGAACAAUUCGACAGGAUACGGGAAUAUUCAUUUGUUCUGCCAACAAUGCUUACGGAAACGACGAUAUGAAUAUCCAGUUGAUAGUUCAGGAAAUUCCCGAACCUCCCAGAAAUGUUAGAGUCAUGGAUCAGUUGUCGAGGUCGAUAGGUGUCUCAUGGACCCAACCUUAUGCGGGAAAUAGCCCAAUUUUGAAUUAUAUCAUCCAAUAUAAGAUUGGAUCAGAGACGUGGCCAACGCAGCCGCUCAAAGUAACAGUUCCAGGAUCUCAAACUACAACAACUCUUCCAAACCUCCAUCCAGCCCAAGUCUACCAUUUGAGACUAUUAGCUGAAAACAGACUAGGAUUAAGCGAACCCAGCCAAACUGUACAAGUCAAUACUCUGGAGGAGGUGCCCAGUGGAGCUCCGUUGGACAUACGAGCAGAGCCAAAGAGCUCGACUGAAAUAGUGGUUACGUGGGAGCCGCCUCCAAGGGAAUCCUGGAAUGGGAAUCUGUUGGGAUACCACGUUGGGUAUCAGGAAUAUACCAACGACGAUUCAAAUAAUAUUGCUCAAAAUUAUAUUUUUAAAAGCGUCGAAGUCAGGCCUCAUUUUGGAGGGGAGGCUACUCUUCAGGGAUUGGCCAAGUUUACUACAUAUAAUAUAGUUGUCCAGGCAUAUAACAGUCGAGGAUCUGGACCGGCCAGCGAACCAGUCACUGCAAGAACUUUAGAAGACUCGCCCACUCUACCUCCAGAAAACGUUCAAUGCUCCGUUUUAAAUGCUCAAAGUCUACACAUAUCAUGGGAACCUCCGCUAGUUGAGGGUCAAAAUGGCAUCAUCCAAGGGUACAAAGUAACUUACCAUUCUGUUGGAGAAUGGUUCGACAACGAAGAUCAACAAACAAAAAUUGUUAAUCAACUUAGAACAACGAUUUCCGGAUUAAGAAAAUAUACUAACUAUAGUAUGACAGUGUUAGCAUAUACUUCCAGUGGGGAUGGUGUAAGAUCUGUUCCAGUAUUUUGCCAAACUGAAGAAGACGUGCCUUCUGCCCCUGCUCAGAUAAAAGCAAUUCAAAGUGCUGCCAAUAAAAUACUCGUAUCGUGGCUACCGCCGAAGUACAGCAAUGGACCAUUGACUGGCUAUACUUUCUACAUGAGCAUAGUUGAGGAUGGCCAGGAAGAGGGUACCCACAAAAGAGCACUCAAUCCAACGACGGAAAUGCACGAAGUACUUCGAACUCAAGAUACUGCCACUCUGCAGUUUUGGGUUACUGCUUCAACGAGAAUUGGAGACGGUGAAAGCACUCGAGUCGUGACCGUCACCCCCUCCAAAACAGUACCUGCCCGAAUAGCCUCUUUUGGCCGAGAAGUAAUAAGCGCUUGGAAGCAAGAUAUUUACUUGCACUGCCGUCGUGUGGGUAUCCCCCUUCCGAGCGUCAAUUGGAGACUGAACGACCUUCCUCUAGAAGUUGGAGGCCGCAGAUCUAUUUUUGCAAACGCAACUUUAGUGAUAAAAGACAUUCAGAAUGUAGAUCAAGCGAAUUAUUCUUGUAGUGUAGAAAAUCAGUAUGGACACGAUGAAAUAGUGUACAGUUUAAAAGUGUUGGUUCCUCCGGAGGCGCCGGUGUUGACCGUUGUUGAGUCUUUUACAGAUAGUUUGCUGUUGAGAUGGAGUGAUCAGGGAAACGGAGGAUCACCAAUUUUAGGGUAUGUAAUAAAUUACAAGAGAAACCAUGGAGACUGGGAAGAGUUGCAGAUUUCUGCUAGAACUGAUGAACAUAUGUUAAGGAAUUUAUGGUGCGGUACUAAGUACCUUUUAUAUAUCACUGCUUUUAAUAGAAUCGGCACGGGCCUACCAUGCGAUAUUGUACCAGCUCAAACCAAAGGCACAGUACCAAUUCAACCCAAGCAGUCGCAAAUGCUCACGAUGAACUCUACGGUAGUAACAGUGUGGCUUGACUCGUGGGGAGACGGGGGCUGUGGAAUUUUAUAUUUUAUAAUAGAGUACAGGUCCUCGAGAUACAGUUCCUGGACGACUUCGUCAAAUCACGUCAAACCUACAGAGCGGAUAUACAGCAUUAUCGAUCUGCUACCAGCUACAGAGUACCAGCUUAAAAUUACAGCCCACAAUAAUGCUGGAGAUAGAGAAGCUGUGUACAAUUUUACUACUUUAACACCCUUGGGUGUUGUACCUGAGCUAACACCACCAGUUUCUCAUUCUGGGGAUCAACCAUUCUACGCCAACGCAAAAGUCUUGGUGCCAAUAAUGCUUUCAGUGACUGUAUUAGUAGCACUGAUUGCAACUUUGUUUUGGAGACGAAAGUUAAGGCGAGACGAGCAAAACCGUUCCAUCGGUGAAUCCCCUUCGAUGGCGCAAAUCCAGAACAAACAAAACAGAGACCAGCAGUACCUAGCGGUACGUGUGGGCCGAGGUCAACAAGCUUUAGCUGCCGAAGACGCCUACAAAGCAGAAUCGGCAGACUACAUCGAAGACAUCUGCCCUUACGCUACCUUCCAACUCUCCAAGAAUACCUACAGCGAGAGUUCGUACAGUGGAAACGUUUAUAGUGGGCCGUACCACUCGGUACGCGGCUCUUUUGUUUAUCAUGACGUUAAACCACCACCUAUUGAUAAUUUUAAGUUAGGACAUAGUAAAGAACCUGAGUAUUCCAAAGUUAGAAGAAAAGGAGGAAGACUGAGAGACCCUCAUUCUGAAAGUCAAGAGUCUGAUAACCUGGGCAGCACUGACUCAGAGGUCAAGAAGAUAUUAACCCUACACCUGCCUAUUUCAGAAUAUGAUACGCUCGGAUCAGAUUCUGAUGGGGCCGAUGGCAGGGCGACUAGUCAAGAAAUGAUGUCCUUCGGCCACAGAAUGAGGGGUGGAGCAGAAGGGUCGUCAUCUUCAUCAGAAACUUCACCGCCGUCUGGUAGCGUCGGCAGAAAACCUUAUAUAUCUCGGAAGGGAAAAGUUAAAGCUACACCUCUCAAUAAACGCCACGUUAGAAGUAGUAGUGGAUAUUCUAGUCACAAUGAAGAAACAACAUUUAGUAUCUCACAUGCUCCAAGCUUCAACGAACGAAUACAUCCUCCUUCGAGAUUCUCCGAUCUGAACACGAGGAACCACAGCGAACCCGAAUACGAGAAGGGAACCAAACAGCUUCGAGGUAUGUCGAAGCUGAGUAGAGAGACAUUUCAAAUAAAUGUAUGAGACAUACUAAAAGAAAGUUUGGAAGAACACGAACCCGGCUAACAUCAGCUUAAAUAGUCGGACUGUAUUUUAAGGUUCUAGAUACGGACUGGUUGGAUCUCAGAAUAUUUUUACGAACGUCAACUUUAAGUAACAUUAACAAGGUUUUAAUUAAAUCGAAAAAAUAAAUACAUUGUUUUAUGUUUGAUGCAAGUACGAUAUAUACUAUAAUAAAUAUUAUUGAAAUCUUACAAUAAAAUACUGAAUAACUUUUGUUUUUAAUACUUCCACAGAAUUUAUUAUAAGUUAUGGUCUCUACAGCUGUUUCGGUAGAGUGCUUUUCUCAAGUGAUGUAUGUAUUUUAUUAUGUUCUGCAUUGGAGAAAAGGCAGGCGGCUUGAGAUUGAAAUGUUUAGUUUAUUCCGUUCUUGUGAAUCUUCAGCCACCUUGUCUUCUCUGGGGUUGUUGGUGUAUUUUCUGGACUUAUUGAAUGGACUGUAUUAUUUGGAGUUUCUUUUAGUACGUAAAGAUAAGAGUAACACGACAAUACAAACUUUUAUUUCUUUACGCACUAUAGGUAACAGGAACAGGUAUGGGUGACAAUAUCGAAUAUGUUGUUACACUAAUUUUAAGUUUUCGCAAUCGCUGUGACAAAUUCUGGUUCUUCAAGUUAAUAUUUGAGAUUCAGAGAGCGGGGAGAUUUUUCGGUGAGACUUUUCUAAUGACAGACUUUUUCUUAUUUUUGAUUUUUGUUAAUAAAUAAACUGAUUAGCAACGCAGAACUCGCUCUGUGACGUUAAUAAAUGCUCACGUCACACAAUAAAAUAUACAAGAUGCGAAGAAAUAUUUUAUUGCAUGAACACUUUGAAAUUUACAGGGUUGGAAACAAAUCAGUUUUCAACCAUGCAUUUUAAAGUAUCUAACUGAAUUGGUUGAGGAGUGGGGAGCUGUUUGUCUCCAGUUGUUCAUUCAGAACUAUGUCUGUAUUGGUUAAUUUAUUAAUUUCCAUAGAUUCUAAUAAAGAUAGAUUAAGUCUGUAUUUUGAAUGGGUAUGCAGAAUUUGAAACUGUUCAUUAAAAUAAUGAUUAUGAUCUAAAAGAUGAAGUGCGUACAUAGAAUAUGUUUUUCUAUUAUUGAAAGCCCGUUUGUGUUCUGCUGUACGUUGGUCAAAGGUUCUGCAAGUUUGGCCAAUGUAAGUUUUUGCACUCUGUAAUUGCUUUUUAUUUUGGCUCUUAUUGUUCUUAAUGUAUUUGCUCAAGUUGUUGUUUUUUUUAAAGCUGGUUUUAUUCCUUUAUUUUUCAUGUGUUUGGCUAUUUUUGAUGAUAUAUUGCCUGUUUAUGCAAUAGAGCAGAAAGUACUAUUUUUUUCUGUGGUUGUGGGAAGAAAGGCACUCUGUCGAAACAGCUAUAGUCUUCGCUUUGUUGAGGGUUAGGUUCUCUAUGCAUUAUUGACCAGUUUUCGUUGUGUUGCACCAGCAUCACUAGGUCAUCCGCAUAUGCUAUUGCCUGUACACCAAUUCUUAGGUUGGUCUUCAAAAUCCCGUUGUAUAGAAUAUUGCAAAGCAAUGGCCUAAGGACGGAACUCUGGGGUACUUCUGCCGUGGUGCUCAUAGAGUAACCACUCCCAAUGUUGAUGUAUCUAUCUGUGAAGUAAGUAGUUCCUGGUCCAGUUCCUUAAGUUGCCCAGUAGCCUGACGAUGAUUUACCAGCUAGCUUUUUUUCAGCUGUGAUACUUUUUGUUGAAAAGUAGAAACUAGAAAUCACAAAAGAAGCAAUAAGGAAUAACAUACGUAAAUUAAAAAAUAGAAAAGCCCCAGGACCCGAUGGGAUACCAAAUGAACUCCUAAAAUACAGAGGAGAACUCUUAAUCGAAAACAUAGAGGUUCUCUUUCAAGAAAUAAUAUGUAGCCAGCGCGAGCGAGUACCAGACCAGUGGAGGAUAAGUAUAACAAUACCUAUACACAAGAGAGGAAACAGCAAAGACCGUAGCAACUACCGUACCAUCACCUUGCUAAGCACAACUCUUAAACUUUUAACAAAAAUAUCUGCCAAUAAAAUAAAUGAAGAUUACACAAUUAGUAAGGACCAACAAGGUUUUUGAAAAAAUAGGUCCACAAGACCUGUUGCAACAAUAUUCAUAGCCAGACAAAUUGCUGAGAAAGCACUGGAAUAAAAUAAACCUGCAUUUAUGUGCUUUAUAGAUCUGACUAGGGCCUUCGAUUGUGUAAGAUUGGAAGAUGUGCUAAGAUUACUAAAGGAGAAAAAUCAGCCCAACAAGAUGAUAUGUAUAAUUAGGACAUUAAUACGAAGAACAAAAGCAGAAUAAAAGUGGAGAAUGAACUAACAUCGGAAGUAGAAAUCAACUCGGGAAUCAGACAAGGGGCUUGAGCCCAUUGCUUUUUAAUUUAGUUAUGGACAAAAUCAUAGAAACCAUUAAAGGUACUGGAAAAGGAUAUAAGAUGGCGGAAAAACAAAUAAAAAUCCUCUGUUAUGCUGACGACGCAAUCUUAAUCUCCGAUAACGAGGAUAACCUACAGCGAAUGGCACAAACUUUCAAUACAGCGACGAAGAACUACAAUAUGAAAAUAUCAACAGCUAAGACAAAAUCCCUAGUAGUGUCAAGGGAACCCAAAUUAGUAUUCAACAACGAACUAAUUGAACAAUUCUCGAGAUUUGAAUAUCUGGGAGUCGAAAUAUGUAGUUAUAGAGAUGUUAAAGAGAGCAAAUAAAGCCAAUUACGUGUCAGGAUGUCUGAGGGAUGUCAUCUGCAGAAACAAAUAUAAGAGGAUGGAAGGGAAAGUACGCAUAUACAAAUCAUGUGUAAUACCGAUCAUGACGUACGGGAUAGAAGCAAGAUGUAACACAGCAGAAACCAAGAGGAUACUGAGAACAUCAGAAAUGAGCACGUUGAGGUCAAUAACUGGGAAAACACUGAGAGACAGAAUACCGAACGACAGAAUAAGAGAUCUCUGUAACAUGCAAGAUAUAGUACGGUGGGGAAGACAGAGACGACGAGAGUGGAAUCAGCAUGUGAGGAGAAUAGACAGCGAAAGAAUAGCCCGUAUAGCCAGGGAUUCGAAGCCAACAGGCAAGAGUCCAAUAGGAAGGCCCUUUAAAAAGUGGCGAGAUAGCUGGCAGUCAACGUCACAGCUACGAAUACAAGCUCAAAAUCGGUUAAGAACAGGCCAAGAGGCCUAAUAUAAAAAGAACAAGAUAGUUUUCGUUGAAGUAAUUCUCACAUCUGACCAUUGUGAUACUGAAAUAAAUUAUUAUCAAACGUUUUUAUCGAAGUUAUCUGUACAAUAGACAAAAUUUCUGGAUUUUUUUUUUAAUUUUUUCAAAAAAAAUAUAUGUACAUGGUUUCAUUUGAAACGUUGUUAAUGUUAUUUAAAGUUAGCCCUACUCAAGGUAACAUAAUAAAGAUUUAAUUGCCGAUAAAAAUUCCCACCUCAGUGUAACAAAAACAGUUAGGGGUCCCAGAAAUAACUAUUGAUGGCAUUUUUUUUCACUAUACUGUUUUUGUAUAGUUUUCGUAUUUUCAAAAUUAAUGCCUUCUGAUAGUGGUUUAGGCAAUUUUCAUUUAUUUUCUUCUAUAAGAGUAAGUACUUUUAUAAAAAUUUAAAUGGGAUCUCCCACUAAUUGCCUAUAUACCAUAUUUAUAAAAAAUUACUUUGAAGUAAAUGACACUUUUGGUGUAAAAUUUUAUUAAUAAAUUUUUAAAAAUAUCCAAAAUGGAUUUAUAAAUUCAAGACGUUUUCAGUACUAUCGGACCAUCAUCAGUGAAAAACGUAUAUACAUGCAGUAAUUGGAACUAGCCACAGAAUGAGAUCAAAUGACCCUUAAAUUACAUAAUUAAAGUUUUAAAUAUUAUAAAUAUUGUUACACAGGGUCAAUGUUAAAUGGUAACAUUUUCAAGGGGAAGACACAGAUCUCCGUUCAAAGACAUAGACGUAGUCCAGAGAGAAGUAACAACCAACUAAUAGUUAAAUUAAAAUGUUGACUAUCAGUAAUCUUCCAGUAAAAAUAGAAGGAUAAAAAUACAGGCGUAUGGUCUGUAGCUUAUAGUAUAAAGAAUAGAAGAUGCAGGUAUGUACAUAAAUGGUCUUUUUUUAAUAUGCAAGUGUAAGAGGAUCGCUUCAGAUUGUUUAUGUAAAUAAUUAUUAUUAUUUAUGUCAUAAGCUUACCUUAGAUGAUGAGGUAUUAAGGAAAUAAUUUGAGAGAUUCAUGAGGUAAAAAAUUUAAAGACAUUUAACGAAAAAUCGAUUGUAGAAGGGAAAUGAAAUUUGGAGUGUCGCAUGAUACUCAGAGUUAUUUAUUUCCAAUAUAAAUGAUAAUUGACCAAUCACACUAGAUUUACAGAACAAUAUAAUACGAUAUAGAGAUAGGGAUCGGAUUACGAACAAGGAAAUAAUACGGAGAACAGGAGUUACAUAAAUAAUUAUGACCCUUAAGUGGAACUGGGCACGAUACGUAUAUAGAAUGUCGGAUAACAGAUGGACACAGAGAAUAAUACACUGGAGACCAAGACAAGAAGCAUAUCGGAGUAGAGGUCGUCCACCAACAAGAUGGUCUGACGACAUAAAACGGAUCGACCAAAAUUGGAUGUAAACAGCACAAAAUAGGAAUACAUGGAAAAGACUGAGGGAGACCUACAUCCAGCAGUGGAUAGAUCCGGGUUGAAUGAUGAUGAUGAUAAUACGAUAUCAGUUGUUAAAUUGUUGUGUUUGAAAUUAUAAGUUAUAAUUCAUUUUAUUUUACCAUUUGAUAUCAAUCUUAUUUCUGGGACAACCGCAAAUUCGCCAAACUUUCAUAUAAUGUAGUAAAUUUUACAAAAACACUCCAUUCUUUAUAGUUAGUAUAAUUUUAAGUUUUUUUUACCAUGUACUUUAUAUAUUUUGUAAUACUCACACUUAUUUAUAAUUAAUAGUCAUUAAACAAUAUAUACAUACUAA